AUGCUCUGUUCAAGAGUAAAAAACAUCUGGGGUCUUCAGGGAGAAUUUAAUGCUAUUGAUCUGGGCACUGACUACUUCCUAUUUAAAUUCUCUGAUCAGAUUGACUGCACUAAAGUCUUUACAGGGGGACCAUGGGUUAUCAUGGACCACUAUCUCACUGUGAGAUGUUGGGAACCAAACUUUAAACCAUCGGAAGCAUUUGAAACCACAACUGCAGUUUGGGUUCGGUUUCUUGAGCUUUCGAUUGAAUACUAUCAAGAGAAAGUCCUAUACGCGAUAGCUAAAGCUAUUGGCAAACCGCUAAAAAUCGAUUGGAAUACAGCAAUGGUAACAAGGAGAAAGUUUGCUCGGGUCUGUGUAGAGAUGGACCUCAGUAAACCUCUAAAACCAAAAUUCAUGUUAGAGGGUAUGGUCUACAGCAUUGAAUACGAAUCUUUGCACUCAUUUUGUUUUCUUUGUGGCAGAAUUGACCACCAAAAGGAGGCAUGUAGAUUCAAAACCCCAAGUGCUCCAUCGAUGGUGGAUAAUCUAGCCAUUUUAGUUACUGGAAAAUCUGACCCUCAACAUGCAAUAGACAACAGUCACCUACAUCAGCAGUGUGAGAAAGACGAAAUCUUUGGCCCAUGGAUGCUAGUGACUAAGCGUAAUAAGAGAAUAGCCCAACACAAGAGGGCCCAAGAGCCUACUAGCACAAUUACUAACACUAACUCUUUUCGGUAUUUGGAAGUGGGCCAAGAUAGCCAUGGAAACAUCCACAAGGAAAAAAAGAAUUCUCAACAUGUAGGGGAGAAGGCCCAAGGUGAGUCUAGCUCCCUAACUGGCCCAGCACCAACUACGGACCCUAAAGGAAAGAACAAGCUAGGGCUACAACAUUAUAGAGCUAAGGAAUCAAACACACAUAGCAAACACCAACCAGUCUGGCAGAAAUCAGGGAAAAGUUUAGAUUCACACACCAAGGAUCUGCACAUAAAGAACCUAUCCCAUGAUCAAGUCAAGGUGACAACUCAUAUCAGUGCGAAUCAAUUAUAA